CGGCGGCGGCGGCGGCGGCAGUGCGCGGCCGCCCGGCCAGGGCCGCGGCAUGGGGCGGGUGCAGCUCUUCGAGGUCCGCCUGAGCCACGGUCGCGUCGUCUACAGCCCGGGGGAGCCGCUGGCGGGGGCCGUGCGCGUGCGCCUGGCGGCGCCUCUGCCCUUCCGAGCCAUCCGGGUGACCUGCACGGGGUCCUGCAGGGUGUCCAACAAGGCCAAUGACGCAGCAUGGGUGGCGGAGGAGGGCUACUUCAACAGCGCUCUGUCUCUAGCUGACAAAGGGAGCCUGCCUGCUGGAGAGCACAGCUUCCCAUUCCAGUUCCUGCUUCCUGCCACAGCUCCCACGUCCUUUGAGGGCCCUUUUGGGAAGAUUGUGCACCAGGUCCGGGCCACCAUUGACACUCCACGUUUCUCCAAGGAUCACCAGUGCAGCCGCGUGUUCUACAUUUUGAGCCCCCUGAACCUGAAUAGCAUCCCAGACAUCGAGCAACCCAAUGUGGCCUCUACCACCAAGAAGUUCUCCUACAAGCUGGUUAAGACGGGCAGCGUGGUCCUUACUGCCAGCACUGACCUCCGAGGCUAUGUGGUGGGACAGGUGCUGCGUUUGCAGGCAGACAUCGAGAACCAGUCUGGCAAGGACACCAGCCCUGUGGUGGCCAGUCUGUUGCAGGUUCACAGGGUGGCUGUUUUCCAGAAAGUGUCCUAUAAGGCCAAGCGCUGGAUUUACGAUGUGCGGACCAUCGCAGAGGUGGAAGGUGCCAGUGUCAAGGCCUGGAGGCAGGCGCAGUGGCAAGAGCAGAUCCUGGUGCCCGCCCUGCCUCAGUCUGCCCUGCCGGGCUGCAGCCUCAUCCACGUGGACUACUACCUGCAGGUCUCCAUGAAGACUCCAGAAGCCAUCGUGACCCUCCCGGUCUUCAUCGGCAAUAUUGCUGUGAACCAAGCCCCACUGAGCCCCCGGCCAGGCCCAGGGCUGCCUCCUGGGGUCCCACCCCUGGUAGUGCCCUCAGCACCACCCCAGGAGGAGAUGGAGGCCGAGGCCUGCAGCCCCCACUUCUUGGCGAACCCUGUCUCCCUCUCCACCAAGAGCCACUCACAACAGCAGCAGCAGCAGCCCCCUGCCGCCUUAAGCUCUGUGCCUGGUGCCCCUGAACCCCGUCCUCAGGAUGGUAGCCCCGCCCCCCACCCUCUGCCCCCUCCCUUGUGCAUCUCCACAGGUGCCACCGUUCCCUACUUUGCAGAGGGUUCUGGAGGGCCGGUGCCCACCACCAGUACCUUGAUCCUCCCCCCGGAGUACAGCUCGUGGGGCUACCCCUAUGAGGCCCCGCCGUCCUAUGAGCAGAGCUGCGGCAGUGCGGACCCCGGCCUGACCCCCGGGAGCUGACCCGUGCCGCCUUCUCUGGGCAGCCGACCUCUGCCCUGGGACUGGGCUCCCAGGGCCUCGUGCCUUCGCUCCCGGCCUGGCCCAGCCCACUCAGGAUCCGCCGCUCUCCGGCCGCUCCCCGCGGCCUCCGCCUCCGGACCAGCAUCUGCCCCAACUAGUCUCCGCGGCUGCCCUGUACUCGGCCUCUCCCCGGGGGUUGGGGCCUGGAGAGACGCAGUGUAAAUAAAGCGCUUCAUUUGUA